AUGCAAUUUGUUCAAUACGUUCGAGAUACGUACGGAGACACUGCCCUGGCCGCUGCUCGUCGAUACCUUAACCUAGCGACCAAAGUGAUCAGAUUCCAGUGCCAUCUUCGCUUCAAUCAAGUGUGUCUGAACCAGCAUGUGGUCCCUCCUGCUCUCCGUUGCAAACCUCUGGUGGACACAGCAUACGGACGACGCCUGGCCAAAUCUUACGAAAGGAAUUGCCUGAGGGCCCGCACUCAAGAAAACAAAGAAAUCAUCUUCAAGACGAGGAAACAACUUCACGCCGCUGAAAAGAACAUUCAACGGUUUUUGGAUAUAAACGACUUCAGCAGGAUCAUCAUCGCACGUAAGGAAGCGGAGCUACUUGAACACAAACGGCGAUCAGCAGCACACCAGCACAAGCUUAGUGUACUUUGCCCGAAAUAUUCCGGGCUGGACGACAGUACAACUGUGAUCAACCUCUCUUCCAAACGACUGGACGACGACCACACCUCCGUGCUAACUAAAGGUAUGAACUACGCCAUCAUUCCCCGAAGCAUACCUGUUAGCGAGAUUGUGUCUGAAGUAGAAGACAGACUGCGGCAAGUCAAAGAUAAAACAGCAGCCAUAGCGGCGAGGAACAAAGUAAUCGGAAUACUACAGAACGCAAACCUUCCGCCUAAAAACAUCACAAAAGCUGAACAGAAUGCUCUAAAAGACCUUCGCAACGACGAUACAAUUGUUAUUUUGCCCGCCGAUAAAGGCAAAGCGACUGUGAUACUGAAUCGUGACGAUUACGACAACAAGAUGGAGUCCAUCCUUCAAGACCGCUCCCAUUUCAGCGAACUAUCGGGUGACCCAACAGCUGCAUCUGAGAGAAAGAUUGUUGCCGCGCUCAGGAAACUCAGAACUAAGAAACUAAUUACGGACGGUCUGUACUGGAAACUUUUCACCUCCGACGGAGCGACACCGAAGAUAUAUAGCCUACCGAAAGUUCACAAGAACAAUUGUCCUCUGCGCCCCAUUGUGUCCUUCAUAGGUGCACCGUCCUAUAACGUGUCUAAAUUCCUGGCUGAACUGUUGGCACCUUUAAUGUACAAGAACGACCGGUCGGUGAAGAACUCUGUGGAAUUUUGUGAGCUCAUCCGUGACAUCCGCAUAGACGAUGGCGACGUCAUGAUGUCUUUUGAUGUCAUCUCCCUGUUUACAAACGUGCCCAUUGACGUAGCUCUGUCCGUAGUUCGAACGAAGCUGAGAGCUGACGUUGACUUAGAAGACCGCACUGAUCUUUCAGUUGAAGACAUUUUAGAACUUUUAAAGUUAUGCCUCAGACAAACCUUCUUCCAAUUCAAGAACAGGUUCUUUAAACAAACCGACGGAUGCCCCAUGGGCAGCCCAAUUUCAACGACCAUUGCCAACUUAGUCAUGGAACGUUAUGUUGACGACACAUUUGUGAUUAUUAAGAAGAAUUUCACCAACACAUUCUUUGACAAGCUGAACAGCAUUCAUCCUAACAUCCAGUUCACGUACGAGGAGGAGAAAGAGAAAAAGAUCGCCUUUUUGGAUGUCCUCGUGCAAAGAGACCCGUGCGGAAACUUGAAGACCUCGGUUUACAGAAAACCGUGCGACACAGGUCAGGUCCUGCAUUAUGGUUCGGGGCACCCUCUUGAACACAAGCGAUCGGUUGUUCGUUCCCUGCUUUCACGUGCCAUGAAGAUUGUCACGGGUUCGGGUGACGAUACCAAGUAA